AUGGCCCGCGAACUCUGCGAACUGGAGGAGGGAGCAGCCAGGGUGUUUGAUCCCAAAGACGAGGAGGGUUAUUCCGAGUACUUUCGCGAGCAUGGCUUCGUCGUAGUUCGUGACGUGCUAGAGCUCAAGCAAGUUCAGGCCACGAUCGAGGAGAUUUGGGCAAGCCCCAGCCUUCUAGGAGGGCGUGUGGACCCCGAAGAUCCAGACACGUGGAGCGAUGGCUGGCCAGUUGGAUGCCGGAACUUCUUGGACCCCUUAGAGCCUUGCUCGGAGGUUGAAACUUGGCGCAACCGCGUGAAUCCUGCCGUGAACCGCGUGUUCGACGUGCUCUGGGAGGGUUUGCCAGAACUCGAUAGCGACGAGGAAGGUGCCAGCGUGGAGGGAGGUAGCCUCGUCAUGUCCGUGGACCGCAUUGGCGUGAUGCGCCCCACCAAGUUGUGCAAAGCCACGACAGACGGGCAGAUGUGGGUGGAAAGGCCGGAGUGGAGAACGAGCCGGAACUGGCUGCACUGGGAUCAGAAUCCAUGGUCGUCCCCGGGAUUCACGGCCGUGCAAGGGCUGCUGUGCCUCGCAGGAAGCUCUGGCAGCUCUGGCGGCUUCGUAACUGUCCCGGGCUUUCAUCGAGAGUUCGCGCAAUGGAGCCAGCGGCAUCCGGCCGGCAGCAUUCCGAAGCGAUCAUCCACGAUGAUACCCUUUCCCGUUCCCGUUGAGGAUGAGAUGCAGGCCGAGUGGGUUGCAGAUAGCUUAAUUACGACUUUUUAA